GCUCCCAGUAAAGAGGUCUGGUAUAGUUAGAGCUCCAAGUAUAGAAAAUAGGCAGAUCAUUUUGGCACAACUAGUAUAAAGUAAUACUAAUAAUGGCACCAUAAUCACACCCAGUGCUCCUGUAUAUAACAUGUUCCCAGUAGAGAGGGAAUGGCAGCCUGUACAAAAGCAAUGCACCCUGAAUAAGGACCCCUAGACAAUGCCACAAGAAUUGAUGGGGAUCACCUACACACACUGACAAGCCCAUGGACUCCCCAGAAAUGGCUCAGGACUCGCACAGUCCCAGUGACACAAUCACUUUUGGGAUUGACCAGAUCCUGAACAGCCACGAGCAGUGCAGUGGCCCCCUGAGCACCAGGAAUAAUGAACAGGAUUACCCCGGGGGAAGCACUGUGUAUAAUGACAGCUACAGUAAUGUGUUUAAUACAGCGUGUUCCUUGCCAGGUCUACCAGCCUCAUACAAUCUCAAUAUGAGGAUGGAUGUGAGCAUGAAUGUGAAUCUGAGUACUAAUGGGGUGAUCAGGGUGCCAGCCCACAGACCAGUGCCCCCUGCUGCCCCAACACAGCACCAAGGCACCCCCAGAAUAGCCAGUCUCCCCCUUUCCUGGAUGGACAGCAGGAGGCAGAGCAAAGACAGGAUUACAGCCACUGUGACCCCUUUUUCUAUCACACGUCGAGUCGGACACCCAUAUCAGAAUCGCACACCACCAAAAAGGAAGAAACCACGCACAUCAUUCAGCCGAGUCCAGAUCUGUGAACUGGAAAAACGGUUUCACCGGCAGAAAUAUCUUGCAUCUGCUGAAAGAGCUUCUCUUGCCAAAUCACUGAGAAUGAGUGACUCUCAGGUCAAGACAUGGUUCCAAAACCGCAGGACAAAGUGGAGGUGA